UUUUAUCAAUCUGCUCAAAACGGUUCGCAAUGGGAAACGUUACCAUAAACGAUUCUAUUUAUUUCAACAUUAAUUUUGUACACAAAAUGUAGUAUAUUGUUGAUAAAAUAUUUAAAAAAAAAAAUAAGAAAAUAAUAAUCUUUUCAUAGUGAACUACUGAAUAUUUGUCGGUAAUAUCAAAAUAAUAAUAAAAUAAAAAAAAAAUCAUCAAAAUAUAUAAAAAGUGUGAUUUUAACGAAAAUAAAAAAAAAUUAAUAUCAUCCAACAAAGGCUUCACAAUUUGUACACUUAAAAUUGUUAAGUGUAUAAUUUUGUGUUAAACGAAAACUUUUUUCAUAAAAAAAUUAGAGCACAAAUUGUUCUUAAAAAUAAGGAAUAUUCUAUUCAUUUGGAGUUUUUGAAAAUACUCGAAAAUCGAUUGCGAUUUUUUUUAAAAGGAAUUCAAUAUGGGCGACUACAGCCCCGACAUGAACACAAUGGAAACUGUCCUUCCAGCAAUACUAGGACUCAGCGCAGCAGCUGUACUCUCAGCUGUAGCAUGUAUUUGUGCAAAGCAUCUUCGUGCUAGAAACAAGAAAACUUCACACGAUACUAGUUAUCCAUUUCAACCAACACGUCGACCGACCGCUGUUCGAUCUCCAAGUGGUCAGCCACCGCAUUAUCUAAAAAAAUCACCCUCACCAACUGGAACUAAACAAAUUGGCAUUCUCCAGCCAGUUCAAGACCAAACAACAUCAAACACAACUACUCCGAUUGCUCCACAGACUAUAAAAUUUGUUGAAGAAGAUGAAAUCCAGCCAAAAGUUGUUGCCGAAAAUGAGGCAGUUAUCAAAAAGACAUCACCAGUUGAAGUUGAGAGUCCCGGCAAAGAUAUGCCCGAUGGCUGGGAGUAUGGCAAAUUGGGUACAAUUUUCUUCAAGCUUCGUUAUCUUAAAGAACGCAGUGCACUGGUAGUCUCAAUUAUUCGAUGUCGAGGUCUACCAUGCAAGACUGCUGCAGGUUCUGGCAGCCAUGAUGUUCCAGCAGGAAUGAAUGGUCGCACUCAAGCUGCAACUGACCCUUAUGUAAAAUUACAACUAUUGCCCGACAAACAACACAAGGUUAAGACUAGGGUUGUGCGCAAUACCAGAAACCCAGUCUAUGAUGAAGAUUUCACAUUUUAUGGAUUGAAUAUUCAUGAACUUGGCUCAAUGACUUUGCAUUUCGUGAUUUUAAGCUUUGAUCGUUAUUCGCGAGAUGAUGUUAUCGGUGAAGUGGUUUGGCCCUUGUCAUCAAUUAGCUUAAGGGAAAUUGAACAAGAACACAUGUCGAUAAGCAAGGAAAUUCAACCACGUAGCUUGAAGAUAAGGGCACAAGGUCGUGGAGAGCUAUUGAUAUCAUUGUGUUGGCAACCAGCUGCUGGACGUUUGACUGUUGUUCUAUUGAAGGCUCGCAAUCUACCACGAAUGGAUGUUACAGGCUUGGCAGAUCCAUAUGUUAAAAUCUAUUUACUUUACAAUGGACAGAGAAUUGCAAAGAAAAAAACUCAUGUUAAAAAGAGGACAUUAAGUCCGGUAUUUAAUGAAAGCUUUGCUUUUGAUAUUCCAACUGCUGAGGGCACCGGAGCAACACUGGACGGUGUUUCACUUGAGUUAAUGCUCCUUGAUUGGGAUCGAGUUACAAAGAAUGAGGUAAUCGGACGACUGGAGCUUGGUGGACCCAAUUCCGGUGGUACAGCUCUAAAUCAUUGGAAUGAAGUAUGCAAUUCACCACGAAGACAAAUUGCCGAAUGGCAUAAACUAAAUGAGUAAGUAUAAAUGAACAAAAAACAAAUACAAACAAAUUUAUCAAAAUGUAACAAGUAGCAAAAAAAAAACAAAACAAGAAAAAAACAAUAAUCUAAAUAAUAUCUAGAUAAACACUCGAAGGUGGUGGCAAUAAAUUAGAAAAAAACAAAACCAAAUUCCCACUUCUGAAUUCACUCAAGCGUAUGUACAAUGUUUUACAUCAUAAAAAAAUCCUUUGAAAUGCUUUCAUACAAAAUUAAAAAAAAAAAAAAACAA